AUGGCUCUCAAUACGCCGCAAACAAUUCAAGACGCGUUGCACCGAUCAUCAGACUUCGUCGUAAACGAGGAGGAAAUGAAAAACUUGGACGAGCAGUACGAAGCCACGAAAGCAGCGAUCCGAAGCUCAAUUGUGCCACGCCCAGCGAAGAAGGGCAAUCCAUCAACCAACGCGGCAACGCAGAGUUCGGAGGAACCUAGGAGCGGAGGUGCCCAUAACUACCAGGUCAGCUCCGGACGCGGAAGAGGGGAGCUGCGCAACAAUACCUGGGUAAGAAAGUCAGCCAACUACGACGAGAAGGCUUUCUGCGAGUAUCACCAGACUUACGGACACUCAACGGCUCAAUGCCGGACCCUGGGAGCAAAGCUCGCAGCCAAAAUGGCAGCAGGAGAUCUCCAAAACGCGGUCAGCCUCAAGGACCUCGUCCCUAACGAACAACAGGAAAAAGCCGAGCCGAGCGGUGCGGCGGAACCAACGAAUCCUCCCCGACGAGGCGACAACCCCAAGCGCGACAGGCGAGGCGAACCCGAAGAGCGACCCGAGCCGAGGCAAAGGAUCAAUAUGAUCAUGGGUGGAUCCCAGUACUAUCAAGAUACCGUUUCCUUAAUCAAAGCCUAUCAGCGCCGAGCCGAAGCAAAGGAGAAUUGGGCAGAGCCGACUGACAUCCCAAACACGGUGAUCUCUUUUGCUGAGGAGGAAACAGCAGGAAUCGAUCGACCUCACAAUGAUCCGUUAGUAGUCGAGCUAACGAUCAGGGAUCAUGACGUAGCAAGGGUGCUCAUCGAUACUGGAAGCUCGGUGAAUGUCAUCUUCAGGGAAACGCUCAGGAGAAUGGGAAUCGACCUCUCCGAAGUGGAGGCAAUCCCCAAACCUCUAACCGGAUUUUCGGGAGAAACGACGAUGACUAUGGGAACGGUCAGGCUUCCUGUGGUAGCUGGCGGAGUCACCAAGAUCGUCGAGUUUUGUGUCACUGACCUCCCAGCCAUCUAUAACGUCAUCAUGGGAACCCCUUGGAUCAACGGGAUGAGGGCGGUACCUUCCACCUAUCAUCUUUGUCUCAAAUUCCCAACUCCAUCAGGUGUCAAAACGAUAUGGGGAAAUCAGAAGGAAUCAAGAAAUUGCUUCCUAACCGAGCAUAAGCUAAGGAACCCCGUCACCGACGCACGAGCUGACAUAGACCGCAAAAAGAUGAAGACAGACAGAGAGCCUGCGAACGAGCUCUCCAAACUCUUAUAG